AUGGUAGAUUCCAGAGAACUGAAGCGUGCGGCAGAAGGAAAGUGCUUAACCAAAGGAAAUGUUCAAGAAAUAAACAACAUCUCUAAAACGAGUUUCAUUACUUGGGUUGCUAUGUGGAAGAGACUCUCCACUAGAGAUAGACUUAAGCGAUUUGGCUUGUGUAGUGAAGAUUUUUGCCCUCUCUGUGAGAAGGAACCAGAAACUAUUAAUCACCUUUUCUUUUCAUGUGAUUAUGCUGAUGCUUGUAGUAGGCUGCUAUGUAAGGAGCUGGACCUGCAAAAUCACUUUGUUUCCUUGGACCAACUGGCUGAUUUGAUGAAGAAGCCCGUGGUGGGUAGAUUUCGCAGCAGUGUCAUCAGGAGCUGUUUUUGUGCUUUGGUUUAUUGUAUUUGGUCUCAGAGAAAUGAUGUUAUAUGGAAUGCUAAACUCUGUCAUCCUAGGACUGUGGUUAAACGUAUUAAAAAUCUGUGUAUGCACAGAAUCAUGGGUGUUAUGCCUAGGAAGGUUAGUGAUAGUAAUAGAACCUGGAUGAUUAGGCUGCUUAGCUGA